GUAAGGCGCGGUUGACUUAGCAGCAGCUCACAGGAGCAGCAGCUGCAAACCAGGGAGGAGGUUAGCGCCUUCAUUACUGAUAGAAUGGCCACUUUAAUUGACAACAUCCGAAGCCCUCCUCAACCCACUGGAUAUAAAUUAGGAAGUUCAAAGAUUUUUGCGGCCAUUCUGCCUAUUGCUCAGAUUGCACUUGGAGUAGUGUAUCUUCACAAAUGUCCGAAGCAGGACUACAUCCCCAUCUAUUUGAUAGUGUCGGGGGUUUUUGGCCUGAUGCUAUCAUGGCUCGCCUGCCUGCCUUGUGCUCAGGAGCCAAAAGACGGCACCACAAACCCACUCAGUCAAGUCUGCAUGGCCUGGAACUCGCUGACGUCUUUCUUCCUCUUCUGCUGGUUCAUCGCUGGUAAUGUGUGGAUCUAUUCUAUUUACCAGCCCAACUAUAACGAGACCACCACAGACGUUGAUCCAUACUGCAACAAGACCGUCUACUUGUUUGCCUUCUGGACCACCACGUUGGUCUACAUCGUAUUGGGUCUCGUCCUGUUUAUCGGCUGCUGUGUCAUGUGUUGCUUCUUCCUGUGCGGCAGAGCCGACCCUGACGACUAGAGACUUCACGUUUUCGCUUGUGAGGCGGUUACAAUCGGCUGUUACACGUGUCCUCGAUGCAAGGUUGAAUGAAAUGCUGUAAAAAAGCGUAACUGCUGUGCACAGAAACACAGUUCCGCUUCGAGCGUAUGCGAAAAGCACAUCGCGUGCAUCACGACUAAUCGCUUGAAAACCUUGCCUUGCACUGUAGUUGCACAGCUUUAUGUCUGGCAGCUCUGAUGUGUACAUUUGUAACUUUUAAGACGAUAAAAAGUUUAACAUUGAUCAUAAAUAAUGCAUCUGUAAAUGCUGAGCCCUUUUUACAACGGCAAGUGAUUCCUGUUUGUUGUGUUGUCAAACGUAAUGAAAUAUUAAAUAUCUGCUCUUGUUGUAUUCAUGCUGCCUUAAUAAUAAAAAAGUUAAUAAUA